GCGAAUUCGAUAAUGUUGCCUCUUCACCUAGGUUUAUUUGGUUACCUCUUGUGGUCUCUCCAUGGAGCCCAUAGUUUCGAACCAGCAGGCUAUUCCUUAGAAACCAGAUACAUAGAAGUCCCAUUGGAUCAUCUUGAAUGGACCGACAAAGUAAAAACCUUUAACAUCAAGUACCUCAUUUCGCACGUCUACCACGUCCCAGGCGGCCCCAUUUUCGUCUACAUCGGCGGCAAAGGCAACAUUGAAAAUUACGCUCAAAACUCCGGCUUUAUAUUCGACAUAGCCAAAUCCUUCGGCGCCCUCAUCGUUUUCAUCGAACAUCGCUACUACGGGGAAUCCCUGCCGUUCGGCAACGAUUCCUUCAGACCGGAAUAUAUCAGAUUUCUAACAACUCCCAACGCUCUAUCGGACUUCGUCUUCGUCAUCGAUCACCUGAAGAAGGAGAUGUACGAGAACGUGGUGGCCUUAGACACGUACCCCAUAGUGGCCUUCGGGGGUGGAUACGGGGGCGCUUUGGCCGCCUGGCUUCGCAUGAAGUACCCAUUCUCAGUCAUCGGCGCCAUCGCCUCAUCGGUGCCCAUCGAGUACUCCUCAUCGGUCUCGAGUUGCGAAUGCUUCUACGACGUGGUGACCAAGACUUUCGAGAGGUACGGACGCGACCAGUGCGUGAAAACCAUCAGGCUCGGUUGGGAUGUUGUCAUCAAUUUGUCAAAGAGCAAAAUGGGAAUGGACUUUUUAUCAACCAAAUGGAAACUCUGCCAACGGUUGACCACAGCGGAGGACGUGGAGAAGCUGCUGGGCUGGAUGGCUACGAUCUACGUCAAGCUAUCGUUGAACAACUACCACUACCCGACGAAUUUCUUCACGUCCCUGCCGGCGUACCCCGUCAAAGUGUUCUGCGACAAGCUGACCACCUCGUUUUUCAACGACACCAAAGGCUUGGUGGAGUACUUCGGGCAAGCGCUGGAAGUGUACACCAAUUACUCGGGCAAGCUGGCGUGCAACGAGUUCGAGGACACCACGGAUUACGUGUACAACUACCAGCUGUGCACGGAGCUCAUCAUGCCCAAGUGCUCCGUCGAUUCGGACAUGUUCAUCAACAGUCCGUGGAAUUACGAACAAUUCGCGGCCGAUUGCAAGAAGAAGUACGGCGUGAGUAACGGCAACCCCGAUUGGAUUUUGCUGGGUUACGGCGGUAAAAAUGUGAAGUACUUUUCGAAUAUUGUGCUGAGCAGCGGGCAAAUGGAUCCGUACUCUUGCUACGGCGCCAAAACGAACGUUUCUUCGAGCAUUUGGGCGUUUGAUAUCGCCGACGGACCUCACCACAUUGACCUGAGGAACUCCGAUGUUUCGGAUAAUAAUUACAUCAUAAAUGCUAGAAGAAACCACGUUAGCGCCAUCAAAUCAUGGCUUAAUAUUGCUUGAGUUCUCUCAUAUUUAUUAAAUUGCCGAUUAGUUAUUUGAUGCAGUAAAAUCAAUUGUAUAUUAUGCAGAUUUACCAAUAAAUAAUAUUAUUUGACAUCUACC